AUGAGAAAGCAGAAAAAUGUGGGAGUGAGCACUUUGACAUUGCAAUCUGCAGUGCCACUUCCAGCUGACAUGACUCAUGGUGGAAAGAGUGUAGACCCACUUUCUUCCCAGAAGGAUAAUUCUGAAAGAAGCAAGAGAUUUGAAUCCACAGCAGCUGUGAAGUUGCAGAAAGUUUACAGGAGUUAUCGUACCCGCCGCAAGUUAGCAGAUUCUGCUGUGCUUGCUGAAGAGCUCUGGUGGAAAGCUUUAGAUUAUGCAAGGCUCAAUCGCAGCACAGUUUCUUUCUUCAGUUUCGAUAAACCUGAAACAGCAGCUUCGCGGUGGAGUAGGAUAAGCUUGAAUGCUGCAAAGGUGGGAAAAGGUUUAGCCAAAGAUGCUAGGGCACAAAAAUUAGCUUUCCAGCAUUGGAUUGAAGCUAUUGAUCCAAGGCAUCGGUAUGGCCAUAAUUUGAAUCUGUACUAUGAAGAGUGGUGUAAGGCAGAUGCAGGGCAACCAUUUUUCCACUGGAAGCAUAAUGUGAUCCCUGAUUGCUGUUAUCUGCAUCCUGCAUUGUUUGAGAAAUUUUACACUCUGCUGUUAUAUAUUGAAGAUAGUUGUCAGACCAAUUUGUUUCUAAAAGGCUGUGUCUCUCUGCCUGGUUUCAGGCUGGAUAUUGGAGAUGGUAAAGAAAUUGAUCUCAAAGAUUGUCCAAGAACAAGACUUCGCCAAGAAUGCAUUCAAUAUCUGGGAUCGCAAGAGAGAGAGCUGUAUGAAUACAUCGUUUCUGAAGGAACAGUGGUGCACAAACUGACUGGCAAUCUACUAGAUACAAAUCAAGGAAUGGAAGGUUCAAAAUGGAUAUUCGUGAUGAGCACCUGCAAAAAAUUAUAUGCUGGAUUGAAAAAGAAAGGAGCAUUUCAUCACUCAAGCUUUCUUGCUGGAGCGACCACUCUGGCUGCUGGGAGACUGACAGCAGAAAAUGGAAAGCUCAGGUCUGUAUCAGCAUACAGUGGGCAUUACCGUCCAACGAACCAGAACCUCGACAGCUUCUUAGCCUUCCUCAAAGAAAAUGGGAUCAAGCUCAAUGAAAUUCAGGUACUUAAACCAGAAGUUAGUGAAAGCUGUAAAUCAAGUGAAUCAUCUCAAGAUAAAAGUACAUUUGGUUGGUCACUGGAUUCCAAGCCGUCUAAACUUAAUGCUUCGAGUAAAAUUAACAACUACCAAACUUCUGAAUCAUCCAUGUCUUCACAAACCACAAGAACACGCAGUUACACGAGAAUGCUAUCUGGUAAUAUCCAGAACACAAAAACAAGUGUACCAAAGAAGGAGAUAUUUCAGAGAAUCAAAUCCAAGAACGAAGCUAGGUCAUACCAAUUAGGGCACCAACUGUCUUUGAAAUGGUCAACUGGAGCUGGUCCCAGAAUCGGGUGUGUUGCAGACUACCCUCUGAAACUAAGGGAGCAAGCCCUCACGUUUGUUGACCUCUCACCCAGUGAUGAUCUGCACACGCCAUCUGCCUAUGAACUUCCCGGUUGUCUUCUUUCUAUAAGAGAUCUUUGUAGGAUGAUGUAA